AUGCAGCUUUCACUCAACUCUCAGUUUAAGCUUUUGAGUUUUAGUCAAAUACUAUUGAACUCAGCAAACAGAAGAAAAAGACUUCAAGGAAAUUUCCAUUCCUCGAGUAAAGGAACUUCUCUGCAUGACAAUCGUUCUGAGAGGAGUUCUGCAGCUCCUUUGCAAAGGAUUAGCAAACUUCUUGCUUGUAACGGUAUUUGUAGCCGGCGUGAAGCAGAAAUUUUGAUUGCCAACGAGCAAGUUCUACUCAAUGGUGAUACUGUGGUUUUGCAAGGUUGGAAGGCUUCAGAAGAAGACAUCAUAGAAGUUACUCAAGCUGGACAAGCUUGGCUAGAUAGAAAAGUUACACUUGUUUUGAAUAAGCCUCGAGGAUAUGAGAGCAUGUCUUCGUUGGAAGUCAAGGCGAGUGCCUUAGCUUUAAUCUGCAAGGAAAAUGAACACUUAUCUGAGCACAAAAAUGAAAGCGAAAGGAAUUUUAAAUGUGAACAGGAAGUUUUGAAUACUUUGAGCACAGUUGGACGUCUCGACAAAGAGAGUCGCGGGCUUCUGAUAUUCACUGGAGAUGGUUCCUUGGCUAGAAAGCUGAUAAAUGUCAGUUCAACUCCUAAAAGAUACCUUGUCACUGUUGAUGAAGACGUACAUAAUGGUCAUAUCGACUUUUUGAGAGGACAAUUGUACAUAGACGGUGAAGCUCUUUUGACGAUGUCUGUUGAUUAUAUUAGUCCUAGAGUGCUUGCAUUCACGUUGACAGAGGGUAAAAAUAGACAAAUUCGACGCUGUUGUGCAAUGGUUGGUCUACCUUUGAGCUAG